UAUGUUGGCUGUUUCAAAAAAUAUAUCAAUCAAUUAAUGUAUCAGUAUACAUUUUUUACAAAAAGGUUCUGUAGAAAUGUGUAUUUGUUUUUACGCUGUCGGUAAUGGUUUGUGUUUACAUCAUGUUUAUUAAUUUUAGUAAAUGGGAAUGGGAAUGUUAUGGGAAUGUUAGCUAAUAGAUUAGAUUUCUUCACCACUGAAGAGAUAGCAGGCAGAAAAAAAAUCCCAUAAAGGGUCAUCAGUGUAUUGGUCACCAUUGAGGAUGUAAGUGAAUCACUUGGCAGUUGGCACAAAUAUUUUGCCUGUAUUCUUAGCAACAUGUCUUAUUGACAUAACUCUUGCCAUUAUGUCAGCUGAUGCUGAGUGUCCAUUGAAGACAGGUGAUUUUGGACCUGUACCCCAUAUUCAGGUGAACUGCAAUGGUUUCCUAUUGAUGGACUGGUAGCGAAGCGCAACUCGCCUCUGGACCAAUCAAAGGCGAGCUAACAGGUCAAGGAAAUCUGUAACUUAGCUGAUUAUAGAUAGCUGUUUGGUGAACUUAAAACCGUGUGUGGACUGCAUAUGCGCCACUCGGAAUCAUCUCUUUCUAUAAACUCACUGUUUUUGCACUUUUAUUUUAUUUUUUAAAAUUGGAUUUAUAUUUUAAUAGAACAAUGGAAACUAUAUAUAGGUAUUUUCCCGUUAUUCUCCUAUGUCUGAGUUUGAACCUAUUCAGCUAUGCGUGGGGUUCACCUGUGGAUGUAUAUGGGAAAGUGGUGGAGCUCGUGUCGCCAGGAGAGGAAUACCUGGAUGAAAUGUCAGUUCACUCCUUUUUCAAACUGUUGGAGAAGCGUGUGCAGUGCCCUGGUGUGUCGUGUGAAAAGUGCCUAUCUGUGCAGUCAGUAGACCAGCUGGUGGGUAACUUCACCAGCGCUGGUGGUCUCCUUCACAAGGAGGGUUUCUUCAGAGUAGCGGCAGGAUGCUGCCUGUACCUCAGCUCUCCCUCAGAGGCCUGCUCUGCCGUGAGGGCAGGGAGGUGGGGGGACGAGAUGGACAACUUCAUCCAUGAGAUCACAGGCUAUGACCAUGGGGAUGGACACGGAGACACAGAGAGCAGUGGGAUAGAGACACUGCUCCAUAACUUGAAGAAGCACUACAAGCCCGAUCAGCAGUACGACCAGCAGUGUCAUACUGGUCAAGACAUCCUGGAGGAGAUGAAUGAUGGUGUCCCACACAACAUGGAUGUGAUGUUUGGAUACAUAGUUUACCAUGCUUUGCAAGGUGACUGCAUGACUGCCAGAGCACUGCCUGAAGAGGACUACUUUCUGGAUUUCAUAUUCAACUCCUUCGGUUCUGACAACAUUACCAUACAUGAGCUGGAAGGUCUUAUGAAGAGCCUGCAACUGGGUGGAAUCCAUGAAGAGGAUCACGAUCAUAGAGAUCAAGAGGGACACAACGAUGACCAUGGUCACGAUGACCACGUUGACCAUGACCAUAGUGACCACAGUACUGUUAGCAGGGGUCGGGGGGGUCGAAGUGGAGGUGAUGCCUUCAGGACGAGUCAUGAGGAGGGGUACCACCAUAGGAACAUCAGCAGCUGGGAACUGACGUGUUUCAGCCCGGAGGAGCUGAUAAAGAUCCAUGGGCUGAAUGGAUCUAGCCUGUCCAGGUCUGACGUGGCCCGGCUCAGCCCAGCCCUGGUCCAGCAGCUCCUCAGUGGUGCCUGCAACAGCAUCUCUCCCCCCACUGGACCAUUAGACCAGCUCAGCACCACAGAGAAGUUUGUGUAUGCCUCCAUAGCCAAUCUGCUGAUCUGUCUGGCCGCCCUGGUUGGCGUUAUGGUGCUGCUGUGUACCUCCUGCAGCAGUGUCUUCCAGCUCGUCAUCCAGUUCUGUGUCAGUCUGGCCGUUGGCUCCCUCACUGGGGACGCCCUGUUGCACCUCCUGCCUAUGUUCCUAGGCCUCCAUGUUCACAGUGAAGGAACAGAUCACAGCCACUCAGAGGAGGUUCCAGACUACAUCUGUAAGAUACUGGUGAUGAUGGCUGGCAUCUACUGCUUCUAUCUCAUGGAGACUAUCUUCUCCAUCAUCACCACUCAUAAGGACAGCCAUCACCAUUCCCUGCAUCACCAUGGGGAGGAGUCUGAGCCCCAUCACUGUGACCAUGGUAAAGUCCUGGAGAUGUACCUGCAGGAGAAAAAGAACAAGCAGUCCAUCUCCCAGACUGACCUGGUUGAAAGUGAGCACAGUGAGGACACAGAGAAAGCCUUUCCAGAACCAAACCAGCGCUCAAGAGAACAGCGUCUGCUACCCUACAUGGUUACCAUAGGGGACGGGAUACAUAACUUUGCCGAUGGCCUGGCUAUCGGAGCGGCCUUUUCUGUUUCCUGGAAUUCCGGCCUUGCCACGUCUUUGGCUGUGUUCUGUCAUGAGUUGCCUCACGAACUGGGUGAUUUUGCAAUCCUGCUGCACAGCGGGUUGUCAGUGAAGAAGGCCUUGAUGCUGAACGUGGGCAGUGCCCUCACAUCCUUCAUCGGACUCUACAUCGCCCUCACCGUCUCUACUGACCUGGCCACCAAGCAGUGGAUCGCGGCCAUCACCUCUGGUCUCUUCCUGUAUGUGGGUCUGGCUGAUAUGCUCCCCACCAUGAUCCAUGCGGACAACCGUAGGCCCUGGCUCAUGUUCCUGCUCCAGAACUUAGGACUGCUGUCUGGCUGGGGCAUCCUGCUGCUCCUCUCUCUGUAUGAAGAAAAGAUUGGCUUCUAGAGCCUCCUAGUCCUCACACUGUACAGUACAAUGCAAUGGAUUUGUAUACAAUUACAAAUUACACUGUAUGUAAACUAUGCUAUAUUUGACCUGUUUUGAUAUAUUUAAUUGAACACGCUUGAUCAUUCUAUAUGAUGGAAGAUUUCCUCAAAAUGACUUUCUCGAUGAUAUAUGCGAUUUAUAGUCUAGUUCUGUUGUAUCUACCACAUAGAAGUGUAGUCUGCUGGUGUUCAGUCUGAACCUGCUGUUGGUGCUAAUGUUACUGUUGGAAAGGAUUUCAUCUGUAUGCGAUUUAGUUCAAACUGUAAUUUAUACCACCGAUAUUUAUAAUGGGACUCGCAGUUCCUCAGCCUACUGCCUCUGUAAUUGCCACAUCUUUUGUAUGACCACAUACCAUAACAGUGUGACUGCAGGGAAGUAGGUAGAUUGUGUUUUAAUUUGUGAUCGUGUGUAGUUAAGCGGUAAUGCAGAGGUUGACAGUGUAUUUAUACAUGUGAGAAUGUGACAUGUUUAGAUCUGUCUAACUUUGUCACAUGUAUUUUUACUUACAGUAUGUGCCACCAAUCCCACAAAACCCCCCAAAAGUAAUAAAAUACACAAAGAAAAUAA